AUGACGAGCCUGAUAUCCCAGAACGCGCUCCCGAAGCGCCGGCUGGAGAAGGGCGACAGCAGCAGCGACGACGAAGAGACCAUGGGCUCCCCCGUCGCCUCGAACGCAGAGGCUGGGAAGAAGCCCGGGCCGGAUGGCCGCAAGAACGACCGGUGGAGGAAGAAGAAGGCGCUGCAGGCCAGGCUGGGCCAGGAGGCCGACGAGAUGAAGCUGCUGGAGAGCUCGCUGUUACAGGAGGACUUGAGGCCUGCUCAAGUGGUGGUCAUGGCAUUGGCCCGCAAGAUCCUGAGAGGUAACUGGGAGAAGAAAUGUAUGAGGCUGAUGCCCCAUCCUGGUAGUCCUGAGGGAGAUAGCCCUGAGAUCUUGGAUCUUGAGAAAAACGCUUCGCGAUGGCCCGACCGCACUCGAGCGAGAGCGAACCCUACCCCGAGACUUUCCCUCGCCGCCGCCGCCACACCUCAUCCCGCUCGCGCCGUCGCCGCCAUCGCCGCCACACCUCAUCCCGCUUGCCACCGUCACCGCCACACCUCAUCCUGCUCACCGCCUCCGCUGGAUUGGGACACGGACUGCACGCAUCGGUGGACAACGGAGGCGGCGGUGGGCGAGAGAGGAGGGAGGCCGCUGCUGCACUGCUGCGCCGACGCGGAUGCCGAUGCCGCGUCGUCCAUAGCCAUGGCUGCCGCCGCCGCCGACGACGACACCGCGUUGCCCAUCCUCACGUCGUCGUGGCGCCGGUCGAAGAAGAUGCCGUCAAAGAGGCCCAUCGCGGUGCGCCUCCUCGAGACGAGGCCGCCGCCAUCGACCCCCACUCCGACGCGCGUGCCGCACCUUCCCGCCCGCGUGUCUCCUUUUUCCUCGGCCGUGGCGGUCGCUGCCACGGUGCCCCAUGACGCCCGCGACUCCGGCCUCGGGAGCUCGGCCUACUGGGCCUGGAUCCGGGCGGCGGCAGAGGCGGCCCCGGCCCCCGCGCCCCCACAGGAGGAGGAGGAGGAAGGCCCGGCGCACUACAUCCCCGUCAACGCCUACUGCCUCUCCACCACCAUUGAUCUGAAGAGCUUGCAGGCGGAGCAUGGGACCGACGUGGUACCCCCAUCGACCCGGUCGCUAAAUUACAUUGCGCUCCGCUAUUCCGAAUUCCCUCCAGAGAUCAUGGACAUUGGAGUGAAGGACAACAGAUUUUGCUAUCGCUAUGUGGUUGUCUUCCAAUAUGGUUCUGAUGUGCUCUUUAAUAUUGCUGAUCAUGAAGCUGAGCACUAUCUUGAGAUGAUCAGGAAUCAUGCUUCUGGAUGGCUUCCAGAGAUGAGGAAAGACGAUAGAUACUCCAUGCAUCCAAUCGAUUGUGGACCUGACAUGCUCGAGAAGAUGCAAUCCGAUGGCCGCAGGAGUCAUGUCUUCUUCGACCUUAUUCGUUAUGUGAACGGGAACGGCCGAUCGAGUGAGCUGCCGCCAUUGACAUGACCCGUUCUGUCCUGGUCCAUAUGCCUGACCUCCAAAGCAACUGAAAGUCUCAAACUGAUUUUUUGAGGGCAUGCAUAAUAAUUGAUAAGAUAGUCUUAGUUUAAGUCUUACAUGUAAUUUAGAGAUAAUAAAAAAUAUUUCUAUAAUAGGUUAUUUCUUAGUCUUAUCUUCAAUAACUAUAAAGCCAAACAUGAGCCAGGUGUUUCCGUCA